UUCUCGCGAUAUCUCACAGCCUCCAAGCAGGAGCGCCUCUAACUUGUCACCAAAGAUGGCGAUUUGCUGAGUGCUCAUGGAUACACACAUUUCUCGGCUAGUUGUUAUCUUACUCAAACCGCGAACCUCUGAUACAGACUAACUUUUUUCUUUUUUGUGCGCCGCUCUUUCUCCCGUUUGAAGCACACCUGACGCCGCCAUGCAGAUCACGCUGAAAACGCUGCAGCAGCAGACGAUUCAGAUUGAAAUAGACCCCGAACAAACGGUCAAGGCCUUGAAGGAGAAGAUAGAGGCUGAACGAGGAAAAGACAACUUUCCUGUAUCUGGGCAGAAGCUGAUAUACGCCGGAAAAAUCUUGCAAGACGACACGCCAAUCAAAGACUACAAAAUUGAUGAGAAGAAUUUUGUUGUGGUGAUGGUUUCCAAGGUUAAGCCUGCAGCCACAACCUCGGCCCCGGAAGCCCCCAAGCCCCCUGCACAGGACUCUGGCUCCACAUCAACAGCUGCCCCGCCUUCAAAUCCCCCUGCAGCCCCGACCCCUGCAGCUGUCCCUAUUCCUCCUGAGGAGGUCAAACAGGAGCAAAGUGCCGAAGCCACAGAACCACAACAGCCUGCCAGCUCCAGCGGUGGGAAUCAGGGCCUGGACGCCUCUUCAGCGUUGGUGACUGGAGCGGAGUACGAGGCCAUGCUGACGGAGAUCAUGUCUAUGGGAUAUGAAAGGGAGCGCGUGGUGGCGGCGCUGCGGGCCAGCUUCAACAACCCGCACAGAGCUGUGGAGUACCUCCUGACUGGUAUUCCCAACAGCCCCGUUCAAGAGAGCAACCCUCCAGUGCAGCCCCCCACCUCCGGAUCCACAGACCCCCCAUCUCUAGCAGAAGGAGAGAACCCGCUCGCGUUCCUGCGGACCCAGCCUCAGUUCCUGCACAUGAGACAGGCCAUCCAGCAGAACCCCGCCCUGCUGCCCACUCUCCUCCAGCAGCUGGGCCGCGAGAACCCCCAGCUGCUACAGCAAAUCAGCCAACACCAGGAGCUGUUCAUUCAGAUGCUGAACGAGCCAGUGGGGGAGGGCGGAGACCCCCCAGAGGUGGGUGAGAUGGGGGCAGCGGGCGAGGAGGGAGCGCCCGUCAACUACAUCCAGGUGACGCCUCAGGAGAAGGAAGCCAUAGAGAGGGAUGAUGGAGGUGAAGAAGAAGUGUGGAAGAAUUAUAAAACAAAAAAUCCACGUGAAUUCCAAUGGAAUGUGUGGGGUUCGUUUAGGGGAGAUCUAUAAUUUGAUUUUAGGCGCGCUUUGUGAACAUAUGGGGGUGGGGUGGGGCGGGGGGAGUGCGUGUCUUGCGUGUGUGGGUCCAUGUCUGAUGUCCAUGUCCAUGCCUGAGCAGGUGGAGGAGGAGGAGCCGGUUCUGCAUCCUGGAAGUCUGUUCAUGCUGUAGAGCGGUUCUCCUCGCUGCUCCUCAUCCGAGCGUCUGGGGGAGGAAGGUAGACGGGCCGCCCUUUUCCUCGCUGCGCCUGCCAAUCAGACGGGGAGCUCAACCCCCUAACUCGUUUGGAUGCAGAACCCGCUGAAUGGUCAGGCGGACGGCAGCCGCUGAGCUCGGCGCCGUCAUAUCAGACUGAUGCAUGCCUCUAGUGAACGCCCUCAAACCACUUUCUCGCUUCGAGUUUCCAGUUCUUCAGCUGCUGUCCGCUCCCCAAAACAUAUUCCUGAUGACAUCAUCACAUUUGGAAAAAAAGAUGGAAGAACCAGAAAACCAAUUUAAACAGAUGGGGUCGAAUCACCAAAAUAAAAGCCUUAAGACUUUUAAUGUGACGGUUAGAGCCAAAAGUAGAAAUAAAUUUCAAACAAUUUCCAAAGAUCAGCUUGAUCUUCAGGCGGCUGGUGUUGAGCUCCUGUCUGUGAGGCGGCGUGCGUGAAGGCGGUGAUGGUCCUACAGCAUCAACAUGAUCUCAGACUAUGCUGUGCUACAUUAAAUAUCAGCAGUCUUUCAGGCAA